CCCUGAUUUCUUGCCGUUUUUAUUUUUCUUCUUUUUUUCAAAUGCUGAAGAUCGGGCCAGCAGCACUCGUUGAUGGGGGCUAGCUCAUCGAAUUAGGGAGGGGGGAAACGUGUUUUCUUCUCUUCACAUGCGUUUUUCUUCCACCUCGAUAGGGCUCGAUUUUGGAGUUGGACAAAGAAAGAUAAAUAUUGUUAUCAUGUGCUUAUCUCUCAAUAUGGCGAGCGGUAUGCUUGUGGUAUGUGCGUGUGCUUCUCUUCGAAUUUGGGAACACAUUGUUUCCCACAGGUCUGUUCCCUCACCCAGCAAAUUCUGGCUUUGGAUCAGCUGUCUUCCCCCACUCCUGCUCUUUUUCCUUUACACUCUAGGCAGUGGGAAUACAGGCUGUGAUUUGAGACGACUAUUUUUUGAGGGGUACAUGUCAUUCGCGUGAUUGAAGGCCGCCAACGGCUAAGGUAGUCCACGUGUCGCCGAAGGAAUUUUUCUUUCAAUUCCUCCUCUACGAAAAUCUACAUGAGGUCUGGGGUCAUGAG